UCCAGUGUGUCAAGUUGGAGACUUAAAAAACUGUAGGUUUCAAGGUGACACCUCUCAGGCAGAGCCUAUGGAUACCACAGGAAAUAUGACCACAUUGGCUGGCAGCAACUUGACAUGCCCUUUGACCAUUGACGACUUCCGAAAUAAAGUGUACUCCACGUUGUACUCCAUGAUUGCGAUUCUGGGCUUUGUUGGAAAUGGCUUUGUACUGUGUGUCCUCAUAAAAACGUAUCGGCAGAAGACAGCCUUCCAGAUCUACAUGCUGAAUCUUGCAGUGUCAGAUCUCCUUUGUGUAUGCACCCUGCCUCUUCGAGUAGUGUAUUAUGUUCACAGAGGCAACUGGUUCUUUGGUGACUUCUUAUGCAGAGUUAGUUCCUAUGCAUUCUACGUCAACCUGUACUGUAGCAUUUUAUUCAUGACAGCCAUGAGCUUCUCUCGCUGCAUAGCCAUCGUUUUCCCCGUCCAGAAUCUCAAUUUGGUAACUGAGAAAAAGUCCAGACUGGCAUGUCUGAGCAUUUGGAUUUUUGUCACACUGACAAGUUCUCCAUUUUUACUGAGUGGAUCUUACCAAGAAGGUAACAAGACAAAGUGCUUUGAACCUCCAAAAAGCAGUCAGAUGACCAGUCUGCUGGUCCUACAUUAUAUUGCGCUGUUUGUAGGCUUCAUUAUCCCCUUUGGUGUCAUAACUAUCUGUUAUGCCAUGAUCAUAAAGACCUUACUGAAGAAUUCACUGAAGAAGAAUCAGUCUACUCGUAAAAAGGCCAUCUGGAUGAUAAUCAUUGUAACAGCUGCCUUCCUGGUCAGCUUCACACCUUACCAUAUUCAGCGCACAAUCCACCUUCACUUCCUGAAGAGGAAAGACUCCAGCUGUGAAGACAUCCUUUUCAUGCAGAAAUUAGUAGUGAUAACCUUAUCCUUGGCAGCGUCCAACUGCUGCUUUGACCCGCUCCUGUAUUUCUUUUCAGGGGGCAACUUUCGGAGGAGACUUUCCACAUUUAGAAAGGCUUCCUCCUCCAGUGUGAUACUGGGACCCAGGAAAAAGUUAUCAUUAAAGGAGAAAGACGACGAGCCGUUUCAAGAAAGCCAUAAAUAA